CGUGGAGUCUUGACGAGCUCCAUCGCUACAGUCAAAACUAUAUCUGACCUUGUUCCUCCUCACUAACCAAGAGAUGCAGAUGAAUUGGAUGUGGGCGGUGGCACUAGUCUUCUCCGGCGUCGCACCGGCGUGGGCUCAAUAUCCGUGUCCGAAUGCGUCGGACAUUGCUCCGUGCACUUGCGACCAGACCUCCUCGAACGAGCUGAACAUGGACUGCUCCUCGGUCCGAGAUGCCGGAGAACUCAUUAGCAUAUUCAAAAACUCCCACUUCCCCUUCAAGAGCUUCAAUGUGUUCACGGCCCACGAGUGCAACGUGGAGUUCCUUUCAGAAAACAAUUUUGGCGAUGUCACCUUCCAGGAAAUGUACUUCAACAACUGCAAGAUCGAGAGAGUGGAUCGAGCGGCGUUCAGCGGAAUGGAGAACACACUGCGACGCCUCAGUUUCUUUUACAACAAGAUCGUGGAAUUCCCCUUCGCAGCGAUACUGAAUCGCAUGGCCAAGCUGGAAAUGCUGGAUCUGGGAGGGAAUGCCAUCCUCGAACUGCCGGACCUCGAUUGCUAUCCGUCGAUGACCGAGCUGCAUCUCUACAGGAACCAAAUCUCCACCCUUCAAGAUUUCGCCUUCAAGAACUGCCCCAGCCUUCAGAAACUUUUCUUGGGCGGAAAUCCGAUGACAUCCCUGGAGACGUACGCAUUCCACGGCUUGUUGAACCUGGUCACCCUGUCCUUUCGGGAGAACUCGCUCGGGAUCAUCAAAGGCGGCUCCAUCGUCAUCCCCAGCGCAGACCUCGAACUCCUCGACUUCACCGACAGCACGAAACUCGUUACCAUCGAGCAGUGCGCCUUCGUGGAUCCUCCGAACUGCGAUCCAAUGUUCCCUCCUCCGAUGGGCGUAUCAGGCAAUGCGGACCUGUUGUUCACCAACGGACUCAUCGACGAACUCGACGAAGACAUCUUCAAGAGCGUCCUCGAUAAGCUGUACGAUGGACGGGGAUACCUCAACCUCACUGGAAACCCGAUCAAAUGCGACGAGACGAUGGCUUGGGUCAUUUGCGGCGAAGUGGAUUACCUGGACACCCUGAUAGGAUCGUGCUGCUGCGGGGGACCCAAUUUUCAGGACCUGCCCGGUCUUUAUCCUUGCUAGUGAUCGAUAUCGAGUUCAUGCUGGGAUGUAUGUUUCCCUCGCGGAAUGUGGUACAGAUGGUGCGCCACAUUUAUUUACAGGAAUAAACGUAUUGCACGCCGAA